UUCAGUCACGUGACAGGGCGUCUAUCCAAUCACUGCUCUCCCCGGUGAGCACUUCCGGUGGCGUUUCCUGUCAGUGUUUGUAAACUGAGAAAAAAUUGGAAGUGCGACAAGAAAUAAUAAUCUACAGAACUCUUGAAAUCGAAAGGCUUUGGCCCCUGAUGAUUUGGGUGGGUGUGGUUUCUUACCCCUCAUCCUGAGCGAAGCCCCCUCUGUUCCCCCAAACACACACGCAUUCAAACUACGGCGAUGACACACCAUUCCAACAACUCUGUUCGAGACCAUAUGAAAUGGGCUGGGUUGCUGGGCUGCGAGGCGGUGCUGUCCAGCAUGGCCCUGAUGCAAGCCAACAACAUCCCUGGCCAGAAGAGGAUGAUGUCACCCUUGGGUCAAGCGCACAGGGCCAGUCCCGAGAGCCACCAAACCCACUCGCAGCACAGCCACAACCACCAUGGACACCAGGUUCACCAUGGACAAGCCCACCACAGCCACAUGGGCCAUCCUUCAGCCGGUACCUGUCCACCCCUGCUGAUCCGAAAAGACGGGGAUUAUCACUCAUCAAGAAUGAUGGAUGGAAAGGAUAUGCAGGCAAACCAGAAUAUGCAACCCAAGAAGAAGCACAAAAAAUCAGGGUCAUCAAACAAAGUUAAAGAGAAAGUGGAGCAUGUACUUCCACCAGUUGAUAUGGAUGAUGACAGUUCCUUGAAAGUCCAGAAGAACUUCAUCUGUGACCACUGCUAUGGAGCUUUCCGGAGUAGCUACCACCUAAAGCGACAUAUACUUACACAUACAGGAGAAAAGCCAUUUGCUUGUGACGCCUGUGAUAUGCGCUUUAUUCAGCGUUACCACCUGGACAGACACAAGAGGGUGCACAGCGGAGAGAAGCCGUAUCAGUGUGAUCGCUGCCACCAGAACUUCUCACGGACAGACAGGCUGCUGAGACACCGACGGCUAUGUACAGUUGGGAUCAGCAAAGAGGAAAACCAGUACUCACAGGACGCAUCUGCCCAUCCAGCUUCCUGGAGCCCCCUACAGCCUUCCAACAACCGUCUGACUGUCUGACCCUCUGCUUCCCACAGAGACCCUACAGACAACAGCAGUCUGCAGCUCAGCAACGUCGCACAUUGGAGCUCAACAGUACUGUAACCUGAAAACAGCCUAGCUUAAACACAACCAAACCUUAGUUUACUCGCGCCAGCUCAUUCAUAGAGCUUGAUAGUGGAUUUUUUGUACUUUUUUAUCUACUGUUUCAUUCAUGAUACAGGCAAAAGAGGAAGGACUAAUUCACGAUCUUGGACAACAGGUCAUUGUAUUCCGGCAAUAACUGAAUGAAAAACGCACACUUCUCCUUUCAUCUGAAAGGUUGCAGGUAUUUUUUGGUAUUGCUGCGAAGGGAUUGCAAAUAUUUCUAACUGCAAUGACUGUCAAUGUAUCGUGCAGCACCUCUGUUGUGUCCUGUUGACCUGCAAUCAACCCCAGUGCUGCCCUCUACUUCAUAUGGACAGUUCACUAAAGGACACACAUACUGUGUAGCUUUUUAGUGUUCAAGUCCUACUCAUUUUGUGUUCCUUGCUAUUAAUCAUGUACCAGCUACUGCUCAUAAGUGAAAGGUCACAGCAGACUUGUGGUUCAUGCUGCCUUGAGGUCGUGAUUAGCCACCUAUCCAAUACUUUAGGUAUUGUGUGCGUAACACAUCUUGAAUGAAAUUUAAUGUACUUUUUGAUAACACUGAUCUAAACAUGAAAGGGGCUUAUUACAGAGUAAAAUGCAAACUAGUCAUCCAUUUUUUUUUAUGUACAAGAUUGCUUUUUUGCCAAUACACAAGUCUUAAAAUGGAUCUAAAAUAAUUUCUUACCUGCUAUUCGUUUAUCUGUAAAACUGAAAGAAUAACUACAGGUGCAACCCUGUUGGUGAUUUGUAAAAACAGGUUGAAAAACACUAAAGGUUAACUAGAUGCUCCUGAAAUGUUAAAUUUUCAACUAAUCUUGGUAUUAGUUAAGUUGUGUAGCGACGGUUGGCUCACAUAUUCACUGUUCUACCUUGAAAAACAGUAGAAGGCUGACAGGUUUUGUAGGAAGAGCCCAGAUUUUUUGAUGCUCUUGAACAAAGUUGGUGAGCUUUUUUAUGUUAACUGGAUGUGGGAACCGCCUGUCUGUUGAAAAAAUUAGGUGUUUCUUGAUGUGCUUCUGUAAUAACCCCAUCAAUAUAAAUUCAUGUUUACUGUCUCUCUGUUCAUAGAAACCGCUUUCGGUCUUAUUUUUUCCUGCUCUGCAUUCAUAGAUUCUUCUGACUUUGAAAGACUUCCGUCCAUUCAAAAGUAUUUUAGUAAGAGAGGCUGGGCCAGCAUGUUAUCUGAAAUCCUAAGGUUUAUCUGGAAUUUCCUGAGUGUACAUUAGUCUGUGAAAUCUUGUCAAAACUGACGAUUAUACGGCUGUUUGCACACAAUUGGAUAAAAACUAAUCCUAGACCUUAAAUUACUUUCACUGGAGGUACUAGGGAAAUUUUCUUGAUGUCGACUAGUUUAAUUCAGUGCUCAUGAUGAUGGUCCAGAUCAAUUCAAACUGUUAAAAGUAUAAUUUGGCUCACGUCCAUCUUGGCCUGACUGAAUGUGAUCUGAAUACAGUGCCAUGUCAUUUCAUCUCUAGUUUAACCUUGGGCAUCUUCAGUGAAGGUGACUAAUUGUACGCAGUGGACAGGGGAAUAUAAGGUCCAUGUGGUGUUUUGUAUGAUGAUGACGACCUACAUUAUAUUAUGUUCAGGCCUCUGUACGAUUAAAUCAGACUGUAAACACUGGACUGAAGAUGUUAGCUCAAUUGUAGAGGAUUGUAUUGUAGACUGUUACUUCUGUUGCUGUCAGACUUUUAGAUUAUGUGAAAGGAGUUUAGGGCCCAUCACUGACUUGUCUACUUUUUAUGAAGUUAAUAUAUAUUUAAAUUGUAUUAGGGGUAGAAAAUAGUGUGUAUGGGACCUACACUCCAAAAGAAAAUCAAGUAUUUACAAAGUUAUAAUCCUUAGUCUGAUGAUUUUUUAUGACAACUGAAAAGCCCAUGGCAAGUCAUUCUUCAACUUGCUAUUAGGAGUAAAGUAAAAGCUACCACUCUUGCCCUUUAUAGUAUAGCAGCCAUGAUUAGUCAACAUAUUUUCUUUUGCAUGUAUUUCUUGGAGGAUCUUGUAUACAUUUUGUUUUAGUAAAGAUUUUUUUUUAAAUGUGAGCCCCACCUUUUUUGUCAUUUCAGGGGUGAAGUGAAAUCAAUUUGGACUCAAUCAGUCAAUCAUACUGUAGUAUGGAGUUUGUAAUGGAGUUUUAGGGUCCCAAGUCUCAUUAAAGCUGUUACACUUUUUAAACAAGUGCAUUUUGUUCACAUUAUCUGCAGAACUGGUUCUAAAGCAAAUGUUUUGGGUUUUUUUGGGGGGGGGGGGAAUCCAGAUUUGCCUUUUUCUAGAAAGCAAGGCUGAAUUUCAGACAGAAUUACAGUAUGUUCUGAGGACUUGAACAUGAAGAACCCCUAAAUUAUUGUGACCCAUUUCAGUUCUCUUCCACUGAGCCUCAGUCAACAUAAAAUGAAUGUACAGAAAUGUAA